AGUACCCCAACGGCCAAUGUCUCAGCAAUGCAAUUACAAAUUCCCGUAUUCCGGCCACGAAUACGGCGAUGCGCUUGAAUACGUCGCCGUAGGCCUCAGACACGCACACAUCCACGCAUAUUCCCCUUGCCUUCUUCCCCCGUCGCCUUUCCCUCCCCUCCCGGCUCCGCUGCAUUCCAUUCCAUCCCCGGGCCAGCCGAAACCACCCCACCCCACCACCGCGCCCUCCUCCUCCUCCGCCGCCGCCCGCCGCCGGCGACAUGACCGGCGCGGCGGCCCACGCGGUGAGCCCCCGCGGCGGCGCCUCCGCCUCCGCGUCCGCGUCCCAGCCCCACGCCGCAGCAGCCGCGGCCGCGGGGGCCGGAGCGGCGGGGUGCGAGCCGGUGCGGAAGGCGGGGCCCGUGACCAUGGAGCACGUGCUGCUCGCGCUCCACGAGACGGAGGCCGAGCGGGAGGCGCGGAUCCGGGACAUGUUCGCCUUCUUCGACACCGAGGGCCGCGGGCAGCUCGACUACGCGCAGAUCGAGGCCGGCCUCGCCGCGCUGCAGGUGCCCGCCGAGUGCAAGUACGCCAGGGAGCUGCUCCGCGCCUGCGACCGCGACCGCGACGGCCGCGUCGGCUACGACGACUUCAGGCGCUACAUGGACGACAAGGAGCUCGAGCUCUACCGCAUCUUCCAGGCCAUCGACGUCGAGCACAACGGGUGCAUCCUCCCCGAGGAGCUCUGGGACGCGCUCGUCAAGGCUGUUUGCUGUCUGCAGGUAUAGAGAUUAAUGAUGAGGAGCUGGCAAGAUUUGUUGAGCAUGUGGAUAAGGACAACAAUGGGAUUAUUACUUUUGAAGAAUGGAGGGAUUUUCUUCUACUUUACCCCAAUGAGGCGACCAUUGAGAACAUUUAUCAUCACUGGGAAAGAGUCUGCCUUGUUGAUAUAGGUGAACAUGCUGCUAUACCAGAAGGCAUAAGUAAACAUGUCAAUGCAAGCAAAUAUCUCAUUGCUGGAGGGAUUGCUGGUGCAGCAUCUCGUACUGCAACUGCUCCUCUGGAUCGCCUUAAAGUGAUCAUGCAAGUACAAACGACGCGUACUACAGUCAUGCAUGCAAUUAAAGAUAUCUGGACUAAAGGUGGCAUGCUGGGAUUUUUUAGAGGGAAUGGAUUGAAUGUUGUAAAAGUCGCUCCAGAAAGUGCAAUAAGAUUUUAUGCCUAUGAAAUGUUAAAAGAAUAUAUUAUGAAGAGCAAAGGAGAAAAUAAGAGUGAAAUUGGUGCUUCUGAACGUCUCGUUGCUGGUGGUUUAGCUGGUGCAGUGGCUCAAACAGCAAUUUAUCCUAUAGAUUUAGUAAAGACUCGUCUACAGACGUAUUCAGGUGAGGGUGGUAAAGUUCCUAGAAUUGGUCAGCUCUCAAGGGAUAUUUUGGUGCAUGAAGGCCCCCGAGCUUUUUACAGAGGUCUUGUUCCAUCUUUGCUUGGUAUCGUACCUUAUGCCGGAAUUGAUCUUGCUGUAUAUGAGACUUUGAAAGAUGUGUCAAAGACAUAUAUACUGAAGGACAGUGAUCCUGGUCCUCUAGUACAGCUAGGUUGUGGGACUGUCUCUGGAGCUCUAGGGGCAACAUGUGUUUACCCUUUACAGGUCAUCAGAACAAGACUGCAAGCUCAACAAGCCAAUUCAGAAUCUGCCUAUAGAGGAAUGUCUGAUGUCUUCUGGAGAACCCUACAGCAUGAGGGUGUUUCUGGAUUCUACAAAGGAAUUCUACCAAAUCUCCUUAAAGUGGUGCCUGCUGCAAGUAUUACCUAUAUAGUUUAUGAGGCGAUGAAGAAAAAUCUGUCUCUUGAUUAAAUUCUGGAGUUGUUGGGGAAAAAUCAGCCAUCAUUAUUGGCAUGGCUGACUGUAGAGAUAAUGACAACACAUGAAUUUUACUGGUUGAAUAGUUCCUUUUUGAAGUCAAAGAUGGUGCCUUCAAUAUAGAACUGGAAGCAGUGGUGGCAUUUUCGUCCUAAUUUUGAUUCAGCAGAAAUGAAGUGAUAAACAUGAGAUCAUCGAGGCCCAUGCCUGGCAUACUGCUAUUGACACCAUCGACACCGACUUAGCUGUUCACCGUGAAUUUCCGAAGGCUUGUUUUACCCCCCGUCUGGGGCGAGUUUUGUUAGACUGUAACACACACAGGGAAACUCUCCUAACUUAAUUACAAUUCCUUGUGCUCCUCAACUCAGACUGGAGCUGUGACCUUUACUGACUACAAAAUUGCCCGGCAAAAAGGGUGCUGGUUAUACCUGUAUGUCUUUUUCCACGGCGACUUGGCACAAGUCAUUGCCUAGUGAAUGUAAUAAUCCGCCCGUAUCGUUAGUCUUCCUUAUGGUUUCCAAUGACCCUGUUGCAUGUAUUUGCAUUGCCAAAGCAAGGUGCAAAAAAGGGGCUGUAUGUGCAUAAAAAGGUGCCAAAGCAGAUGUCAAGAAACUCUCGAGGUGCAUAAGGGGUUUGUAUAUGUUUUUAGUUCA